AUUGAUAAACGGUGUUGUGUUUACCCGGCACAAGUAUUUAAAAAUAAUUGAUUUUCUUUAAAUUUUUGUAUUAAUUAAUUUAUAAGUGGUAUUGAUAUUUUUUAAAUAAUUAUUUUUAUCAUUAGGAGAAUAUAAGUUGUACAAAAUGAGUCGCAGAAAACGUGCAAAGGUUGAGUACAGGGAGAUGGAGGAAAAAUAUAAUCAAGCAGAAGAUGAGAAUGCAUCUGAUAAUUCGGAGAAGUCAAGGACAGGUCAAGGUACCCCAGAAAAGAAAAGCAUAACAGAAAAUAAAAAGGAAAUUGAACCAAUGUCAAAUGCCCCGGUACCUUCAGUCUCAAAACUCGAGGUGAAGGAAGAGGAGGACCAAGAUAGCGAUCACGAAGACCCACAUGUUAAGGAAUUAUUGAGUGGUCUAGAAGGUGCAGCUUUUCAAAGUCGUUUACCAUUUGAUAAAUUAACUUCCACAGAGGCAGCAUGUUUUUCAGAUGUUGCAGGUGGACCGCCGCAAACUCAAAAAGUCUUUCUGCAUAUACGAAAUAGACUCCUACAAAUAUGGCUAGAAAAUCCUAAGCAACAGUUGCUAAUUGAAAACUCAUUGCCAGCUAUAGAACCACCUUACAAUAGUGAUCCGAUAUUAGUACGAAGAGUCCAUGCUUUUUUAGAAAGACAUGGAUUUAUAAAUUUUGGUGUUUUCAAACGACUUAAGUCAUUACCGACAAAAAAAUUAGGUAAAGUAAUUGUCAUUGGUGCUGGUAUAGCUGGUUUAGCAGCCGCUCAGCAAAUGCAACAAUUUGGUCUUGAAGUUAUCGUAUUAGAAGCCAGAGAUCGAGUUGGUGGACGUAUAGCAACAUUUAGAAAAUCAAAUUAUAUCGCUGACUUGGGUGCAAUGGUUGUUACUGGCUUGGGAGGCAAUCCUGUUACUGUUUUAAGUAAACAAAUAAGUAUGGAACUUCAUAAAAUUAGGCAAAAGUGUCCUUUAUAUGAAAGUGAUGGUCAAACGGUUCCCAAAGAUAAGGAUGAAAUGGUCGAAAGAGAAUUUAACAGAUUGUUGGAAGCCACGUCCUAUCUAUCUCAUCAAUUAGAUUUUAAUUAUGUCGGAAAUUCGGGAAAUGGUGGACAAGGUAGUACAACGCGACCUGUAUCACUAGGUCAAGCAUUAGAAUGGGUUAUUCGACUGCAGGAACAAGGUGUUAAGCAACGACAAGUAACUCAUUUGCGUUCUGUAUUGUCAUUGCAGGGCAGAUUAAUUGCUAAUCAACAAAAAAUGAUAGCAAUCAAAGAACGCUUAGCAGAAUUGGACAAACAGUACAAAGAGAUGGUAGAUAAUAAGCAGCUAAGAGAUAUAACACAAGAAUUCGUUUUGCGCUCUAAAUUACGCGACCUUCAUAAUGUUUGUAAAGAAUGGGAUCAACUUUCUGAACAACAAACAGAAAUUGAAGCCAAGUUACAAGAGCUUGAAGCUUCCCCACCAAGUGACGUGUAUUUAUCUUCGAAAGAUCGGCAAAUUUUAGAUUGGCAUUUCGCAAAUUUAGAAUUUGCAAAUGCUACGUCACUUUCAAAUCUUAGUCUCAAACAUUGGGAUCAGGACGACGAUUUUGAGUUUACAGGCAGUCAUCUAACUGAUAUUGAAAUGAGAAUUUUACCAUGUUUUAGUUGA